CGGCAAAACUCCUUGUGCCUAGGAUUGCUACUGCUUAGAGUGUUUUAGGAGUGAAGUCUACACGAUGGCAGCCGCCUGGCAAACGAUCACCGCUUGGGCAUGCCUAUUGCUCGCAGGGGUAGCGGUGCACCUAGCUCUGGGGGAGGUAGUAUUGACCGUGCUGUUGAUCGUGUUCACAACUGUCGCGUUUACGGGCCGGAAGGGUCCGCAACAAAUCAAUGACAGCCAUGCCGAGGACGUAGACAUCGAGGUCCAACACCCGGACGAGGACGAACCAACGACGGCCAACCCGCUCAAUGCGUCUGAGCAAACGCCGAAGCUGCGCCCGCUCCGGUCGCCGAGCGCCGAGCUCCGCCGCAGCGCGCCAGCCGAGGCCGCGCCCGUGGCCGCGGCGCGCCUCCCCUUCCUCGACAACGUGAAAGUUUUCCUGACGGCCCUGGUGGUCCUCCACCACUGCGCGUGCGCCUUCGGGGCCUGCGGUGAGGGCACCUGGUACCUUAUCGUUAAGGGCGGCGGCGGCCCGCGCGCCUUCCGCUUUUGCGUGAAGACGUUUGUGACCCUGAAUCAGGCUUAUUUCAUGACGUUGUUCUUCUUCGUCAGCGCCUACUUCGUGCCCACGAGCUACGCGAAAGGGGGUUGGCCGACGUUCCAAGCGAACAAAAGGCGGCGCCUAUUGGUCCCGGCCCUCGCCGUCCUCCUCGUCGCGUCGCCGUUGACCACGUUGGUCGCCGGGAACCUGACUUACGCCCCGAGCCCAGGGGUCGGUUGGUACCUGUGGUGGCUCCUCCUGUUCAAUGUGGUGUACGCAUCGUUCCAAUCAGUAAAUCCGCCCGUCGACGAGGCGCUCGCCGAAGCGCUCACGGGCGCCGACGCGGCGCCGACGGCGGCGCGCGGGCCCCGUUUGCUUCUGUCCACGGUCUUCCGUAUUGGGGCCGGGCUGGGAAUUUGUGGGCUUGCGCUGCUGCCGUUUCUGGUGCUCACGAAGGGCUCCUUCGCGUCGAUGCCGGUCUCGAUAGGGUCCGUGACUUGUGAUUUCCUCAUGUUCUACCUCGGCCUCCAGGCGAAGAAACAAGGAUGGCUCGAACGGCCGCUGGCCGAGCAGCUCGACGUCCAUCCGUUAGUACUGUUAACCUUCGUGGUCGUCGAGGCCGCCGGGAUAGCCGUCGCGUCGCUGGACGUCGACAAGUUCGGGCUGGUCGUCGUCAUGCUAGCCGGCAUGUUCUGCCUCGACAUGAGUCUGCUGGUGUUGCUCACUUUUCAACGAUGGGGAAACGUCGAAACGCGGGUGACGCGGUUCCUGGCGCGGGGGGCAUUCGGCGUCUAUCUGUUGCACCCCCUCGUCGUCACGGCCGCGACGCGGGUCUACCUCAAACUCGCCGGCGACGGCGUCAAUUAUCCGGUGGGGUUUGCCUUCGUCGCGGUCGUGAGCCUGUUGGUCGUCUGGCCGCUCGCGUACUCGCUGGCCCAGCUCCCGGGACUCAAGACGAUACUAUGAUGUUCCCUAAGUUGUUGUUCGCUG